UCUAUGCGAGUGGCCUCAAGAAACAGAGUUGUGAAUCUGCUAUAUCGCUAUGAAUUGUGUGUAAUUGUGUGUCCUCUGCUCCCUACUGUGUGUUUCAGGUAUACCGCAAUCCCAAAAGAUGUCUUCCAGCAAAGCUCUUUGUUACCCACGCCCGCCAUGUUACCCCGACAUCUGCCCAGACCCAUAUGUUGAUGCCUGGAAUGAGCCUUGUGUCACAUCAUGUGGAGACUCGAGCGCAGUGGUCUAUGCACCACCGGUUGUCGUGAGAUUCCCUGGACCAAUUCUCGCUACCUGCCCUCAAGACAGCUUCGUGGGAAGCACCUUACCAUAUUUACCCUAUGGGUAUGGGGGCCUAUAUGGAGGUGGUAGUUUUGGUGGCUCAGUUGGAUCCGGGGGUGCUUAUGGAGGUGGAUCCGGUGCUGGGUAUGGUGGUGGAUACGGGGGCGGAUAUGGAGGCAAAUACGGGGGCUUCUAUGGGUAUGGGAAGAGCUAUGGGAGGAAGUGCUAUUCUUCCCGCUUUGGAAGCUGUGGUCCAUGUUAAACCCAGAAGAAACGUCCACGGAACAAGAAACAACCAGGAAAUGAAAGUGACGAUGGAGAUUCGCCUCUUAGCUAAUGGAAAAGGAGCACCUACAACUCCACAUG